AUGGAGGAAGGUCCUCAAGUCGCUGCUCCGAUUCCAAUUCACCAUCCGAUGGGGAGAAAACGAGAUCUCUAUUACCAGAUGUCGUCGAAUCAUCACCACCCUCACUGGCUCGUACAGUCUCAGCCGCCACCGCAGCAGCAGCAGAGGAAUGACUGGAAUCCGAAGAUGUGGGAAUGGGACAGCCAGAGAUUCGAAGCUAAACCAGUAGAGGCAGAGGCUUCUCCUCUCCACCUCGGAAACGGCACGCAGUUUGAUGUUAACAAUAACAACGGCGGUUUGACUUACGAGGGAGAAGAAAGAGGGCUUGACUUGAAUCUGAGCAGUGGCUUCAACGCCGUCGAAGAGACGACGCCGGUGGUAACCAGACCGAGCAAGAGGGUGAGGUCGGGAUCUCCGGGAGGAGGAAACUACCCUAAGUGUCAGGUGGAUAAUUGUAAAGAAGAUCUAUCAAUCGGUAAGGAUUAUCACAGAAGGCAUAAAGUGUGUGAGGUUCAUAGCAAAGCCACUAAAGCUCUCGUUGGGAAACAAAUGCAGAGGUUUUGCCAACAGUGUAGCAGGUUUCAUCUUCUCUCUGAGUUUGAUGAGGGGAAGAGAAGCUGUAGGCGGAGAUUGGCCGGCCAUAACAGACGGAGGAGGAAAACUCAGCCGGAGGAGAUUAUAGCUCCUCCGGGGAAUUGUGAUAACAACACCUCUAGUAACAACGCUAAUAUGGAUAUUAUGGCUUUGUUAACAGCUUUAGCUUGUGCACAAGGUAGGAAUGAUGCUGCAACACCUAAUGUGUCUCCAGCAGUGCCUCAAAGGGAGCAGCUUCUUCAGAUACUUAACAAGAUCAAUGCUUUGCCUUUGCCUGACGAUCUUGUCUCGAAGUUGAAUAACAUCGGAAUCUUAGCCAGGAAUCAACCUUCAGCGAUGAACGCUCAGAAUGAUGUGAAUGGGUCUUCUUCUUCUUCUCCAUCUACCAUGGACCUACUCGCUGUUCUCUCCACAACUCUAGGCUCAUCUGCACCUGAGGCCAUUGCUUUCUUAUCUCAAGGAGAGUUUGGUGGGAACAAAGACAGUAAUGAUAAGGCUAAGUUAACUACAUCUGCACCUGAGGUCAAUGCAGCUAAUUUAGAAAAGAGAACUUUGGAGUUUCCUUCUUUUGGAGGAGGAGAGAGAUCCGGGAGCAGUAACCUGUCUCCUUCUCAAGAUUCAGACUCACGAGCUCAGGAGACUAGAUCUAGCUUGUCUCUACAGCUGUUCACUUCUUCACCAGAGGAUGAGAGUCAUCAUCCAACGGUUGCGUCUUCAAGAAAGUAUUAUUCUUCAGCUAGCAGUAACCCUGUUGAGGACAGGUCGCCAUCAUCGUCUCCGGUCAUGCAGGAGCUUUUCCCGUUGCAGACAUCUCCUGAGACCAUGAGAUCGAACAAUUGCAAAAACGCUAGUAGUCCCAGUCACAGGACUAGCUGUUUGCCACUAGAGCUCUUUGGUGCUGCAUCAAACAGAGGAGCUGCUGCUAAUCCUAGUUUUAAAGCUUCUAGGCAUCAUCAAUCUGGUUAUGCUUCGUCUGGUUCUGAUUAUUCUCCUCCCAGCUUAAACUCUGAUACUCAGGACCGCACUGGAAAGAUAGUUUUCAAACUACUUGGGAAAGAUCCUAGUCAGCUCCCUGGGACAUUGCGAACCGAGAUAUAUAGCUGGCUUUCUAGCAUUCCAUCAGAAAUGGAGAGUUACAUCAGGCCUGGCUGUGUUAUUCUUUCUGUCUAUGUGGCAAUGUCAGCUUCUGCUUGGGAACAACUUGAGGAAAACUUGGUGCCACGGAUACGUUCUUUGGUUCAAGAAUCAAAAUUUUGGAGCAACACAAGAUUCUUGGUCAGCACAGGGAGACAGCUCGUGUCAUACAAACAUGGAAGGACUCAUCUGAGCAAAUCAUGGAGAACUCUGAAUUCACCAGAGCUGAUCACGGUGUCGCCUUUGGCUGUUGUAGCCGGUGAAGAAACAACUUUGAUAGUAAGGGGUAGAAGCUUGACUAAUGAUGGAAUCAGUUUUCGUUGCGCGCAUAUGGGUAACUACACGUCAAUGGAGGUAACUAGAAGAGAACAUAGGAGAACCAGAUUCGAGGAGUUAAAUGUGAAUAACUUCAAAGUCCAGUGUGCAAGGCCUGGUUCUCUAGGACGCUGUUUCGUUGAGGUGGAGAAUGGAUUUAGAAGUGACAGUUUCCCUUUGAUAAUAGCGAAUGCCACGAUUUGCAGAGAGUUGAAUAGCCUUGAAGACGAGUUUCAUCCGACAGAUGAACAGACACACAACUCAGAUCGUCCAAGAUCAAGAGAAGAAGUUCUCUGCUUCUUGAACGAGCUUGGUUGGCUAUUUCAGAGGAAAUGGACAUCUGACAUUCACGGAGGAUCAGACUUUUCCCUCCCUCGGUUCAAGUUUCUGCUCGUCUGCUCUGUCGAAAGAGACUACUGCUCUCUCAUAGGUACUCUCCUGGAUAUGAUGGUAGAGAGAAACCUAGGAGAAGACGGUCUGAUGAGCAAGGAGUCCUUAGAUAUGCUUGCUGAGAUUCAGCUACUGAGCCGCGCUGUCAAAAGAAGGAACGUGAAAAUGGCUGAGACUCUGAUUCGCUAUUCCGUGAAACCCAACGCUAAAACUUUCAUCUUCUUGCCUAACGUCACCGGACCUGGCGAUAUCACACCUCUGCAUUUAGCUGCUUCUACGUCUGGCUCUGAAGAUAUGGUUGAUGUCUUGACUAAUGAUCCACAAGAGAUUGGAUUAUCUUGCUGGAAUACACUAAUCGAUGCAAGUGGACAGACUCCGUUUAGCUAUGCUGCAAUGAGGAACAACCACAGUUACAACACCUUGGUGGCUCGUAAGCUUGCUGAUAAAAGAAACGGUCAGAUAUCUUUGAACAUCGAGAACGGGAUUGAUCAGAUUGGGCUGAGUAAGAGACUGAGCUCAGAGCUCAAGAGAUCUUGCAACACAUGUGCAAGCGUGGCACUAAAGUAUCAGAGAAGGGUUUCGGGUUCACACCGUUUGUUUCCAACUCCGAUCAUUCACUCGAUGCUUGCGGUUGCAACAGUCUGCGUUUGCGUCUGCGUGUUUAUGCACGCUUUCCCUAUCGUUAGACAAGGGUCUCACUUCAGCUGGGGAGGUCUUGAUUAUGGCUCAAGCUAA